AUGAGCUCCGACGACUCUUCAGACCUGUCCGAUGUUCCUUCAGACGUGGAGAAAGAGCUACAAUUGAAGAAAAAGGAUGGUAUCCUGAAAUUCUUCUCUAAAGCUCCCCGCCCUGCACCAUCCAAGGUCGUCGAACCCGACUCGCCGCCCCGACAGCAGCGCGCGCCUUCACCUCCUCAUGAGUUCGUGCUCGCAGAUAAUCCUGAUAUUGCAUUUAUAUGCAUGUUCCGCUCGCGGUUUACCGAAGCCUUCCCAAAAUCCCUCGUCAACUUCGGUCCCCAAGAGCUCGAGCGCGAUAUUGUAGAUACUGUUCCUGGAGAGGGUGUUGAGCAUUUUCUUUGCGCGCUCCUUGGUCUCUUGCUAAAUAGAAAGCAAGAUGUUAAGUCCGGACAUUAUAAUCGCGCGCUUGAGGAGGCUAUUCAAACACACAAAUCACAAUGGGCCAAGGACUGGGAAAGCAAGAACCCGUUAUCUGGAGGGACUACAUUUGCUUCCAUGGCACCCACCGAGCGACUCACCCUUCUACGAACUCUAAUUCUAUGGUCUCUUGCCUCUUCCGACACCGUUAAGAGUACAAUCCAAGCCUCCUACAAGCAGAAUCGCCAUGAGGACGAUCUCAACCAACCGCUUUCCGUACAACCUUGGGGCUCUGAUAGCUAUAAGCGCAGAUAUUUCUUGAUUGAGGGUCUUGAUGAUACACAUUUCAGAGUUUACCGUGAGAGCGACUACACUGACAUCAAGAGAACUUGGUGGAGUGUUGCUGGUGAUAUCGAUCAGUUAAAGACUUUAGCAGAAAAGCUCGCCAACGAGGAUGGUGGUCAGAAGGCUAGGCUUUUGAGCUCAAAGAUGAUGGCUGCUAUCCCUAGAUUCGAGGCUACUGAAGAGAAGCGCAAGCGUCGUGAAUAUCGCCAGACUCGCAAACAGCAAUUCAAGCGACCAGAGCCGAACUACUCUAUGUACGAAGGCCGAACUAGAGGGAAGAGGAUGAAGUAUACCUACUCGGACGAGGAGGACGAGGUCUGCUCGGACUCUACUGCUGCCCGCAAAUCUACUCGCAACACCGGAACCCACACUCCAGCGGAACCCAGUGGCCCUACCAUCACUCAAAGCGGGCGCCAAGUCAAGUCACGCCUUGGUGGUGCUUACGGUGAGAGUAUGUUGAGCGGAAUGAGUACUGGUUGUGCCGUUGGCUUUGAUGGAGCGACUGACGAGCCAAGCUACGCAGAGAGCAACGGAGGCCGACCACCUCGAAGAGCUGCCGCUACUAAUGGACAGGCUUCGAAUCGCAAAUCAGGUCGUCAAAUUUCGGGCUACAACAGCGUGGAUGAGAUGACUUCUGAGGAGGAGGGUGACGCUAGCGAGCAAGACUAUGGCGAUGACGAGGAAGAAGACGUGCCUUCGGAAAGCGAUGUUGACGAUCAAGAUGACCUCUCUGAUCAAGAUGAAAACGAGGACCUGCAUGAAGAGCCGAAGAAGUUGAUUGUCAAGCUGUCCAUUAAGACCCCAACACCGGAGCGAAAGAGAACUGUCAAGCUAAAAAUCUCACCCCGAAAAGAAAAUGAUGCUACUAAAGCCCUCUUUCCAGCCACGACAAAUAGCACUUCUGGCCUGUUAUCGUCAUCGGAAGGUCCUCAUGCUGCAUCUGCUGUGGCUACCAAGGAGAAUCUUCAGCCAGCUUCUUCCUCUACGAACGACCCGGUAGCCAUGAAUGGCCACGAGGAUCCCCAAAAGUUGACCGCCCUCCCGCCGAAGGCGCCACAAUCUCCUCUUGCUUUCCGUGGUAGCCCCGAGAAACCAACUCGGGUGGGCGGCACUCUGGAUGUAAAAUGGCUGGUAGGGUGGCGUUUGGGCGUGAGGGUCAUCUUCUGUGUGGAACGCUGGUCUCUGGAUGAGAGAACAGCUAUGCUGAUUGGCGGAAAAGGUUGCAAAAGUAACUUAGAAAAUGGCUUAUAG